UAUUGUUUUGAACGUAUGGUUUUGAAAAAAAAAAAUACUACAACGAAUUGCGAAUUUCUAAAUAAUUCAAGUUAAUUGUUAAGUGUUAUAAAAGUAUAGCUGCAUUAAAAAUGAAAAAUAAUGUGAGUUUAAUACUAACACUUUCAACAUGUAUGAUUUACUGUGUUAUGCUAACAGUGACUCAGCCGGUAAAACACAUCGUCCACGACAAUCUGUUCGACACCACAAACCAUAAAUAUUCGGACUAUUUAACGGCAGACGAAAUAAGUAAGUUAUUCCAACCCAUUUUCGACAAUCAACAACCCGAUAAAACCGCUAAAAUUACAAUAGAACAACUAGAAGAAGUUUUCAGCUGUUCGCAAGACAAAAAUGAGAAUUUAGAAAAAUUCAAACAAUUUGUAAAUGAUUACAUGAGCCAGGGAAAUAAGAAGAUUAGCUUUGAAGAGUUAUUGAUCCUGUUAAACGAGUAUAACAAAUCUCAAAAACUAGAGAAAACAAUUCCAUUAAGUACAACGAAUUCAGAAAAUGUACAGUUACGCCGAAAGAAGCAAAAAAACUGGUCAAUGGACUCUGACGAAGAAGUCGAUCAUCUCGUUGACACUCUAAACUAUGAUAAUUCAUAUGGUCAUGUUUUUUAUGGAGAUUUACAUAAGGAAGGUUCUAAUGCUGUUGUCAAUAUGAGCGUUGGGAAUAAGAACCCAUAAUUUGUAGUACUAA